AUAGACUUAAUUUAGAUGUUAAGUAUGGUAAAUUGUCAACAGUUAUUAAAUGUUAUAAGUAAUAUUGACAGAGUGAACGUUCCAUAACCAUCAGUUUUAUGUUAAGGAUGGUGGUGUCACUCGAUCAGAUCAUAAAUACCACUCCUAUUCUGUUGCCACUUGAACUGCUAGCAACAGGGUUCAACGUUAUCUCAUCUGUUUGUACUGUUGGCUACUUCAGCUACCUAGCUAGGUAAAUAGCAAUGAUUCAUUCAGUGUCGUGACAGGAAUACCUAUAUUUAGUUAGUCGGGUUUCUCUUUCACGUUUUCCCCUUAACCCCAAACACAAGUGUAAAACGUUAAAAUUGUUCGCAACUGAGAAAGCCAAGGAGGGGGGGAGUUAACGAUUUUCCGUGGAAACCGACAGCCAGACGGUUGCCAUGUCGACCUCAUCGCUACGGCGACAAGUGAAGAACAUUGUCCACAACUUCUCAGAGGCAGAGAUCAAGGUGCGGGAAGCGACAUCCAAUGACCCAUGGGGCCCCAGCAGCUCUCUGAUGUCAGAGAUUGCAGACCUGACCUACAACGUAGUGGCCUUCUCUGAGAUCAUGAGCAUGGUGUGGAAACGACUCAACGACCACGGCAAGAACUGGAGACACGUCUACAAGGCUAUGACUCUCAUGGAGUACCUCAUAAAGACUGGUUCAGAGCGCGUGGCUCAGCAGUGCAGAGAGAACAUCUACGCUGUCCAGACUCUCAAGGACUUCCAGUUCAUUGACAGAGACGGCAAGGACCAGGGGGUGAAUGUGCGGGAGAAGGCCAAACAGCUGGUAACACUGCUGAAGGACGAGGAGAGACUACGAGAGGAGAGGAUCCAUGCCCUCAAGACCAAAGAGAAGAUGGCACAGACCACCAGUGCCUCUUCGGCCCCCUCAGCUCCAGGUCUGGGGGGUGGAGCGCUGUCUCAGGGCUCUCACUCCGCAGGGGCGGACCCAGAGCAAGCGUGGCCACAGAGCUCCGGUGAGGAGGACCUGCAGCUGCAGCUGGCCCUGGCCAUGAGCAAGGAGGAGGCGGAACAGACUACUGUGGCCCCUCUGGAGGACGCAGAGCUCCGCUAUGCACUCACACUCAGCAAGGAAGUACAAGAACAGGAGGAGAGGCUGCGCAGGGGGGACGACCUGAGACUGCAGAUGGCCAUCGAGGAGAGCAGGAUGGAGAAGGCCAAGCCAGAGGAGAGUGCGUUAAUGGAGCUGAGUGCUGUGGACCCCUGGGGGGCUCCUGCUGCUGCCUCUGGGGGCUCUGCCGGCCCCUCACCCCCUCCCACAGUCCCCCUCCCAGCCCCCUCUGCCUCUGGCCCCUGGGGCCUGGCCCCUGCAGACCCUUGGGGAGCCUCGUCGCCUGCCUCACCCCCCAGCGUAGACCCGUGGGCUAGUGGAGGGACGGCCCCCCCAACGAUAGCCCCCCCGCCAGACCCCUGGGGAGAGACAGCCUCCUCAAGAGUCAACUCAGUUGACCCCUGGGGACCCUCAGCUGUGACCCCCCCCAGUGUCGACCCCUGGGGUCCCUCUGUGCCCCUCUCCACCACCUCCUCUUUUGGGGGGCCAAUAGACCCCUGGGCUGGGGACGGGGUUGACCCCAUCAUCACCUCUGACCCAUGGAGCGACUCCGCCAAACACACUAAUGGCACAGGACACCCAGAACUGCGAGGUCAGUUAACGGGCGAUAGUGCGGGUUCUCCGGUGCCCUUUGACCUCACAUCUCUGUGCUCUUCACUUCCUGUCCGUAAGACCCCCGAGUCGUUCCUGGGGCCCAACGCAUCUCUGGUGGACCUGGACUCACUGGUGUCUUCUAAACCCAAACCUAAACAACCUCCUCCUCCAUCAAUCUCCUCCUCAACACACAACCCCUUCCUCCAGACUACAGCCUCGUCUUCAGCCCCUGGCAUGGCAGUCACCCCGGGCAGCACAAUCUCCAGCAGGGGGGUUUCCCCGACGCCACCCCCCACCUCCAACCCGUUUGGCACGGCCGCCCCCAUGUCCUCCAUCUCCCCACAGCCCUCCACACUGGGCCUCAGCAGCCUCCGCACCAGCCCUGUACCACCCAACCCCAUGGCAUACCCUGGCAUGGGCUUGGGGCCUAUGGGUAUUGGAGCACCAGGCCUGGGGAUGGGCAUGAUGCAGAGCCCCAUGGGAAUGUCCCCCUACGGUGGGCUCUCGCCCAUGGGUCCUCCUGGGUCCUCUCACUUCAUGGGGCCCGGAGGGGCCCUGCCCCCACAGCUGAAUUUUGGGGGGCCUACGGGGGCAGCUGGAGUGAUGGGAGGAGUGGGAGGGGCAGUGGGAGGGGCCGGAGUGACGGGCGCCAGCACCAAUCCCUUUCUUCUUUGAGGGCGUUUCGGCACUCCCCCUUCCUCUUCAACACCCAAUCCAGGCCCUGCCCCACCCCCUGGCUCAUCUACUCCCCCCCCCAGAGCGAUCCUCCUUCAACACAAACAAUUUAUGUUUCCAAUAAGAAACGUGUGUACAUCUCUAUAUUUAAAGAAAAUCUGAAUUUGUUAUUUUCUUUCAGAAGCAUUUACAUGUAUUUUUCUCCAGGCUCAGAUGAAUUUCAACAACAAAUAUUUUGGUUCCUUUCAUUUUAGUGGGAUGUAGCGGGAGGGAAAUAGACGUUUAUUUAUUUUUAUUUCGUUUUAAUGCGUUUUGCUUUCUUUCAGUCCUUUCUGAAAUAAAGGUGGGUGUUUGAGA